AUGACGUCAGCAGCAGCGGUUGGGGCUCUCGUCUCCGGGAGAAAGAGGAUCGAAUAGAGAGGGGCGGAUGCGCAAGUGACACUACAGUCGGCGAGAACAGAUCCACUGCACUAGACCGGUAAAGACCAGAUUAACCAUUUCUACAGGAGAUAAGCUUAAAAUACUGGGACACGGGUUUGGUGGGAAUGAGAGGGAGAGAGAGAGAUAGAAAGGUGGAGACAGAGAGAGAGAGAGAGAAAGGUGGAGACAGAGAGAGACAGAGAGAGAGAGAGAGAGAGACAGAGAGAGAGAGAGAUAAGAGGAGAACGGAGAUUUGAGGUGAUGCCCAGGGUAGUCCGGCGGAAGCGAUGGCAUCAUGUGACCUCCCGUACUUCUGCCCUCGCUGCGGAGACGACAAGCGCUUCGACAGCGUACCUGCCCUCCGGUCCCACCUGGUCAGCCGACACACCUACGAGACCCUCUUGGUUCUGUCUCAGGCCCGCGCCAGGAGCUCCAGCCCAGGAACCCUGCUCCCACUCCUCCCCCACGCCAUGGCCCAGCCGGAGCACCCCGUCCUGGACUCGCAGAGGGAGAGACUCCCUUUCCCCCUGGCCUGCCUGGAUCUAGCAUCCUCCUCUGCCUCCACUCAGCUACUCAUUGAGAUGUUGACCAGGAGAGACCUGGGAGGAGGGUCUUCUGGUCCUGGUUGCUCUGCUGGUACUGUAGCUACCUCCUCCUCUACUGCACCUCCUCACAGCACCACGGCCCUGGUCCUGCCUGGCUGUAGGGGAGACAGCCUGCCUGAUUUGGGGCUGAGAGGCCUAGGCCGCCGGUGGCUGGGGCCAAGCCUGGGCCUGGAGUUUGGGCUCUGCCUGGACGAGAGCCUCACUCUGGGGCUGGGGCUUGACGAGAGGCUGGGGGUGGAGCGGAGUAUCGCCAGGACGUUUGCCGAGGUGGAGGAGAGGGUGUCCCAGCAUGUGGGCUGUCUGAGAGCGGAGCUAGAGCGUCGAGAGGCGGAGUUAGAGCAUGAGAGGCGGGAUGCGGCACGGCUGGAGAAGGAGAAGGAGGAGCUGGAGGACCAGGCGUCCCAUCUCUCCCGUCAGGUGGCGGUUUCCGUGGAGAUGAUGGCCACUCUGAAGAGAGACCUGCAGGGGAAGGAGCAGGAGCUGUGCCGCAAGCAGCAGGAGGUGUGUGAUAUUGAGCGGUUCCUGACAGCCACAGCAGAGAGAGAGGCGGAGGCUAAGCUGCAGCUGCAGGUCUUUAUAGAGGCUCUGCUGGAACGGGCGGACCGGGCAGAGAGAAAACUGCAGCUACUGGUGGCUACAGACAGACACACCCACAACGAUGACAGACACAUUCACAAUGAUGACAGACACACCCACAACCAUGACAGACACACCAACAACGAUGACAGACACACCCACAACGAUGACAGACACACCCACAAUGAUGACAGACACACCCACAACAAUGACAGACACACCCACAACGAUGACAGACACACCCACAAUGGGACCAACGGCCACAGGACCAAUGGACACAUUCACAGCGUGAGUGAAGACGACAUCAUCACAGGGUCAAAGUUAAUUGGCUACAGGAGAAGCUACAGUGUAUCUGGGUCGAACAGACUAGGAGACCAGAUCUAUCACAACAACUAUGGAGCCCCCGCUGGUCGUAUGCGGACGCUGUCCCUGGGCUCUGGGGGGUGGGACAGUGACUCGGUGGGGGGCUGGGCCACACCUCUGGAAGCCCAUUACUACCACGUUCCCUGCUCUACUCGAGAGGCAGGAGAGAGGAGGGAGAAGGGGUACAGGCGAACCCCAGAGGGGAGGGGAGGGUGGGGGCGGACCAGGUGGAGGGCGCCCCCAAGCACAGAGGAAGAGGAGGAAGAGGAUGACGAAGAGGAGGACACAUGGUCAGAGGCCUGGAGCACACCUGAGACUCAGAGACACGCCCACAUCAGGCUGGAACACUCACCUGGCUCAGGUGUGUCGUCCAUACGAUCCAGCCCCUGUCACCGUGGUUACAUAGCAUUGGGGGCGGGGACUCUGAGACUGAGGGCGGGGUUAUUCUGUGUGUUUCCUUAUUUGGACGUGCGGACGUUGCUGCUCGCCGCUGAGGUGUGCUCUGAUUGGAGGUUCGUGGCACGACAUCCAGCCGUCUGGACACGGGUACGACUGGAGAACGCCAGAGUCUCCGCUAAGUUCCUAGUGACCAUGUCCCAGUGGUGUAUUCAGACCCAUUCCCUGGUGCUCCAGAACCUCAAACCACGACUGCGGCACCGAGAUGAACGCAGAGAGGACUACGACAAGACCACACGGGGCUGUCUGGAGGAAGGUGUGGAGGCGUUGCUGAGGUCAGCAGGAGGAAGUCUAAUGGUGCUCAGAGUUACUCACUGUCCUCACGUCCUGACUGACCGCUCCCUGUGGCUGGCCAGCUGCUACUGUAGGAACCUACAACACCUCACAUACAGGAGUGCGUCAGACCCCAUGGGUCAUGAGGUGGUGUGGGCUCUAGGAGCAGGCUGCAGAAACAUGACGUCCCUGCAGGUGGCGCCACUACACCCCUGUAAGCAGCCUACCCGCUUCAGUAACCGAUGCCUGCAGACGAUUGGCCGCUGUUGGCCACACCUCCGCGUGCUCAGUGUGGGCGGGGCUGGGUGUAGCAUUCAGGGAUUGUCCUUACUGGUUCGUAGCUGUGUGGGUCUCCAGGUGUUGGAGUUGGAGCGUGUUACUGAGUUGGGCCAGGAGGGGGCAGCAGAGCUGUGUAGAGAAGGACUACAGAAUCUAGAGACUCUACUACUCACCUCUACUCCAGUUACACCUGAAGCACUACUGCACUUUAACAGUGCAUGUUGUAACCUCAGGUCCAUCGUAGUGCAGAUUGGCAUAGCUGACCACUUUGAGGAGCCAGACAGUCCUGAAGCUAAGAGACAGUAUAAUGAGAUGGUCAACACGUUACAGGCCCUAAAGAAGAGACCAGGUCUGUCUGAAGUGUUGCAGAUCAAAGCUGACGUUUUCGUUUGACCUCUUCCUCCUCCUCGUCUUCUUCCUCCUCCUCCUACAUCUCACUGACCUGUCAGUCACACAGCCAAUCAGCGAAUCUGGAAGCGACCUCAACAACACAUUUGCCAACCAAUCAGAAGAUACAGCAUCCUGGAGAGAAGAAUCAAUCAGCCAAUAGGAAUCACACAGACAUGAAAGAUGACACAUCAGAUGUCAGUUGUGAAGCUGCUGGGCUCUCAGUCCUCUUUAAAGAACUUAUCUCAGUCCUCUUUAAAGAACUGAUCUCAGUCCUCUAUAAAGAACUGAUCUCAGUCCUCUUUAAAGCACUGAUCUCAGUCCUCUAUAAAGCACUGAUCUCAGUCUUCUUUAAAGAACUGAUCUCAGUCCUCUAUAAAGCACUGAUCUCAGUCCUCUUUAAAGAACUGAUCUCAGUCCUCUAUAUUACUGUGAUGUAAUAGAGACUUUACCCAUGCAACACACACACACACACACACACAGGCAGCCGGCCGGCCGGCGGGCCGGCAGCCAGCAAGCCAGACGGACAGCCAGACAGCCUGCCAGACAGAAAGCCAGCCAGCCAGCCAGCCAGACAGACAGACAGACAGACAGACAGACAGACAGGCAGGCAGACAGACAGACAGACAGUCUUAGCAGUCUUAGGGGGGAUAGCAGUCUUAGGGGGGUUAGCAGUCUUAGGGGGUUAGCAGUCUUAGGG